AAGAUGUUAAGGUAGGUUUGGAUUGUACAGGUGAGUGCCAGUUCAGCUCUCCAGAUUUUGUCCUGAAAGCCCACCCGCCCCCAUUAGUCUCUCAUUGUCCAUUUACUCAGGAUGUGAUCAACCCAAAUUAUGCAGAAACAAUAAAAGUGUUGAGUUUAUUCUUCUGACACAAAACAAGCUCUUUGGGUUUUGUGAUUAUUUUAAUGAAAUCAGAUGAAGUGGAUGAAUCCAUAUUUUAGGAGAGGGUUCUGUAGUUCUUACAGUGUUCUUCACGCCCACAGAUCUCCCGCUGCGUCAGAUUGUUGGUGAGGAAUGUGUUGUGUUCAUGCUUAACUGGAGGGAGAAUGAGUAUCUGACACUGCAGGUGCCCCAGUCACUGGUCAACAACAACCCAUAUGUAAAGCUGGGGCAGCUGAUAGCAUCCACCUGUAAGGAGCUGCCAGGACCUAAAGAGAGCAGACGCACAGCUAAGGAGCUCUGGGAAGUGGUGGUGCAAAUCUGCAGUGUUUCCAGCCAACACAAACGCACCAAUGAGGGUAGAGUGAGCCUUCUCAAACAAAGGGAGUCCUCACUCGGCAUUCUUCCCCGGAGCAAAUUCAUGACUUUUAUGAAGAAACUACGGGAGCCACUGGUUUUGACAACACUCAUCUCUUUGUUUGUGCGGCUGCACAGUAUUGUACGGGAUGAUAUAGUGAAUGAAGUGACAGCUGAGCAUAUCUCCAUAUGGCCUUCAUCUCUCGCCAAUUUGCAGUCCGUGGAUGUUGAAGCUGUGGUCGUCACGUUAAAGGAGUUGGUUAACUAUGCUCUCACCCUCAACCCCAACAAUCAGUCGUGGCUCUGCACACAGGCCGACAUUUACUUUGUGACCAACCAGUAUUCUGCAGCGAUGCAUUAUUAUCUGCAGGCAGGGACUGUGUGCUCAGAUUACUUUACUAAACCAGUUCCUCCUGAUGUCUACACUGACCAGGUUCUGAAGAGAAUGAUCAAGUGUUGUUCUUUGUUGAACUGUCACACUCAGGUGGCUGUUCUAUGCCAGUUUCUGAGGGAAGUGGACUACAUGACUGCAUUCAAAGCUCUACAAGAGCAAAACAGUCAUGACUCUAUGGAUUCGUUCUAUGACUACAUCUGGGAUGUGACGAUUCUGGAAUAUCUGACAUACAUGCACCAUAAACGAGGAGAGAGUGACAAAAGACAAGUUGCGAUCAAGGCCAUCGGACAGACAGAGUUAAACUCCAGUAAUCCGGAGGAAGUCCUGCAGCUUGCAGCACAAAAAAGAAAGAAGAAAUUCCUACAGGCCAUGGCUAAACUCUACUUUUAAAUUCACUCCAAAAGAAUGCUUUUUUUAUACUGAAAAAUCAAAAACAAUUUUCAAAUAAAUAUGGUUAAGCUGAUCCAAAA